AUGAGCGCACUUGGUGAAUCAAAUAACAAACAAAAUGGCAAAGAGAUAUUACAUAAUUAUGUAACUAAGAAAUUAACAAGUCAACCAUACAGUUGUCAAUGGAUACCAACUUCAUGUUCAGUGGUUACAGUUGGUAAAAAGACAUCAGGUGGUAUCUCAAAAGGUGAUAUUAAAAUUCAUCAAUUAGAAUUUGAUGAUACCUCUGGUGACCCAAAAUUAAAUUUAGUCUAUGAAAAUGAAUUUACAAAUCCAUUUAGAUGUCUAUCAUUUUUUAAACAAGCAAAUCAAUUACAACAACAAGAUAAUAGAAAAUUUAUAACAGGUGAUUUUAAUGGACAAAUUUCAGAAUGGGAUUCAGAUAUAUGUGAUAUACCAAUAUGGGGUGUUAAAGGUGCUCAUCAAGGUUCAAUAUCAGCAAUUGAUGCAUAUGCUGAUAAUUUAGUAGUUUGUGGUGGUAAAGAUGGUACAAUUAAAGUAUAUGAUACAAGAAUAAAGCCGAAUAGUGCUAAUGAUAAUAAUGGUAAUAAUUCAUCACCAAUAUCAACAUUUGAACAAACCAAUAAAAGUAAUUGUUGGUCAAUUUGUACAAAUGAUAAUAAUAUUAUAGCAGGCUUUGAAAAUGGUGAUUUAAAUAUAUACAAUUUAAAAACCAAUUCAAUUCAAUCAACAACUAAAUUAAAUGGUGGAAUUUGUUCAAUAGAUUCAAAUGAUAGAUCAAAUAUUUUAAAUCAAUUUUUAAUUACAACAAAUAAAUCUUUUAUUUCAAUUGCUUCAUUUAAUAAUAAUAAUAAUAAUAAUAUUGAAUUUAAAGAUUAUGAUAUUAAUAAAGAACCUAAUCAAACUAUAUGGUCAGGAAUUUAUUCACCAUGGAAUAAAAAAGAUAAUGAAAAUAUAUUUACAAUUGCUCAAGGUGAUGGUUCAGUUUCAAUGUAUAGGGAUGAUUGUAAAUUAAUUGAUAAAGUUUUAGUUUCAGAUUUACCAAUACUUUCAUUGGAUUAUAGUAAAGAUAGAAAAGGUUUAUUAUGUUGUAUAUCUUUAAAAAAACAAUUAUCAAUUUUAAUUUCACCUUGUUAA